CGUUUAGGAGCAGAGCAAGCAGAGCUGUUACAGCGCAGUCAAUGCGGACAGACGGAACGGAUACGCGUAUCAGGCAUAGUGGUGGAGGCGAAAAUGUUCACGCAAUUUUUUAUUAAGGAAAAUUUAAAUAAAUAAUGUAAAAAUAAAUUAGAAAACGUCGCUUUAAUCCACAAUAUUGAUGAAGUUACAAUGUACAUAUGUAUGUACAUACAAAAAAUUUGCCUCAGCACAUUUAUAAUUAGAAAAAUAUUAAUAAUUACAUAUGUUACAUAUGCUAGAAGCGUUUAAGUGAGAAAGUUAAAAAAUUUUGUAUAUUUGACGGUGGCCAAAACAGCAAGCCAAUCGUACGACGUGCAAAGUCUUCAACCUGUGAGUGCCAAAGGAAAAGCAAAAUAAAUCCGUGUACAUAUUAGUGAACAAUUUUCAUAUAAUAAACAAAAAUAUUAAGCCACAAAACGCAACGUAAGACAAAUUAACCGUUCACAACAUCUACAAGACCAAAUCAUAAAAAGUAAUUACUAAACAACCAGCUCAAAGCGCUUCGUUAAUCCGUGCGUGUCGGUCGGUCACUGGAUCCAUCGAUCGGGCGAUCGUUGGUCACUCACUGGUUCGUUCGCUUAUUCCUUCGUCUGAGAUAAAACAACAACAACUUCGUCGUAACAAACUUACACAGUUACAUGUAUUUGUGUGUGCAGUGAAGGCGUUCGGUCGGUCCAGUCGGUUGGGUCCAGUCGGUCGGAAGUUUGUUCAGCUUUGAAUGUCUUUAUGCUUUAAUCAUGGUGAAAUUGACCACCGACACAAUACGCUACCACAUUAGAACCUUUCUGAUUACAAAUCAUGACAGAAGGACAUGAAAGCGACUUCUUAGUUACAGUACGCGCACAGGUUAUGACCAGAGACGAAAGCACCGAGGGUUGGUUACCACUCGCCGGGGGUGGUUUAGCAAAUGUUUCAAUACGCAAACGUGCUAGACUAUCCCCUGGCGCUGCUGGACAUGAAUAUAUCAUUUACGGCCAAAGAAUCUCUGAUCAAAGUGUAAUUUUAAGCUGUGUCAUAAAUCGUGAUCUGAAGUAUUACAAAGUGAUGCCCACAUUUCAUCACUGGCGUGCUGGUAAACAACGCAAUGGUCUCACUUUUCAAACGGCUGCCGAUGCGCGCGCCUUCGACAAAGGCGUACUGCGCGCCUACAAUGAAUUAAUUGAUGGCCUGGCCAAAUCUAACCCAUCAAUAAUAUGUCCGCCCCUUACAAAAUAUGACUCUGUGGGUGAAGACGACGUUUUUAUGACCCUAGAUCUACCUAUAGAAGCCGAAUGCAUACAAAAGUCACAUUCAAGUCCCGAAGGCAGCGAAAAAAGUCACAAAAGUAUUAGUGUCGAUCGCGGUGAACGCAUCAGCAACAAAAGCGAUUUGGACCGAUCUUCGGAUGGUACUGUCACUCAACAUCCUAAAGCCACCAUUCACUACAUAUCGAACGAGAAAUCAUGCAGCCUACAAGCGCCACCACCACCACCCUCGCUGUCCGCCAUCAACGUGUCAACUGGUGCUCAUAACAACAGCAACGUUACCACAAACGUAAGCGUAGCCAUCGUUUCGCCCCCAAUCACCACAGUCUCGUCGAGUCAACUUGAAGCGCCACCGCCAUCGCUGCCAACAGCCAUUGCGACUAGCGAGAAUUACUCCUAUGUUCAACUAACAGCGGUGCAUGAUUACAAUUAUCCGGUUGUCGAUCAGCCGGCUGGCGCGCAAGUGUUAAACGCACGCCGCGAAUCGAUCAGUGCAUUGAAGAAACGAAAUGCUUUGGAAGCUGCACAAGCACUUGCGGCUGCUCAAUCUUCUCCGAUUGCCGCUGGUGUGAUACUCAAAGAUCCCACGAGCAAUGUGGAUAUCAUUAAGAAGAGUCAACGCGCUCGUUGCCGCUACUGUCACGAGCUCUACAAUGACGAAUGGAAUCGGAAGGGUGCAUGUGAAUUUGCACCCGAUCGCUUUCGUUCGGCAUUCGAGUAUAUUUCGGGCAUGGGUUGUGCGCGUUGUAUGUUGUAUCAUUGUAUGAGCGAUGCCGAGGGUGAAACGCCACAACAUCCAUGUCAGUGCGUCAAUGAAGCUGGCUGCACUAAGCGUUGGCUCGGCUUAACAUUGCUAUCAUUGCUCGUACCCUGCCUUUGGUGUUAUCCGCCGCUGCGCGCCUGCCAUUGGCUGGGAGUAUCAUGCGGCGUGUGCGGCGGUCGACAUAAACCACAAGUCUGACAUUUGGAGGGACGAUUGCAAAAACAAUUCGACAAUGGCUAUGUUUACGGUUAUGAGGAUGCUAUGAAUUCAGACAGUUAUGAUUACGAUGGCAACGGUAUUGGCGAUUUGGAUGAUCACUACGAUAGCUACAAUUACAACUACAACUAUUGCAACUACAAAAAACUUAAUUACAAUAGUUAUAGCUACAAUUACAAUAACUACAACCAAUAUAAACAACAGCAAAAACAACAGAAAGUGCAACAAAAACAACCACAAAGGCAACAUUCAACAAGCACUAGUGGCACAUUGACACAACAAUUCGAACAAUGGCACCUUAGCGAUGACGCCAUAAUAGCUAAGGAACAGGAGAAGAUUAACAAGCAGCGCUUGAAACAACAAAAGAAGGAGAAGAAGAAGAAACUCAAGCAACAACAGCAACUCCAAACGCCAAUGCAUUAUGCGCUGCAACAGGCACGACCCACAGCACAACAAAAUGACUAUGGGCGUUUGCUUUUCUAAACUAAUACGCUUCAUACAUUUGUAGUACUUUUGGUUUUGGCACAAAGUGAAAUAAUAUUGUAUAUGUUUUAUGGUAGGUUGUUUAAAUUUGCAUUUCGUAACAUUUUCACUAAUACUUCAUAUAAAUUGCUCAAGUUGAUUGCUUUUUUUUCUAUCACAAAUCAUAUUUAUCAUCCAUAUUUUUUUGUGUAUAUGUUAUUAAUUUGUGAGGCCAUAUAUAAUACAUUCUAGUAUUUUUAACCACAUGCUUAAAUGCUAAUGAUACACACAAAAGCUGAUAAGUUCAAAACUUAUAUUCACUACUUCAGAACAGCCUGCACUGUCUUUUCGCAUAAAUCUUUUUUUAUAUGCGUUGUUUAAACUUUUUAUUAAGUGAUAUAUUUAUAUAGUGUAAAAACUGGGUUUUUAUGUACAGUUUCAAAAUAAGUUAAGCAAUUUUAUUUUUAAGCGUGUGACUUGAAAUCUAAUGUUAAGUUGUAAAUAGUUAACUAACGGUACACAUUGCGAAAUUUAUUUGCGAUGACGACGCUUAUAUUAAUUUUUUUUUAAUUUUAAAUUUUCUACGUGUAAUAUACACAUUUCUGUAUCUCUCAUCGGCUAUAGAUGCUUCGUUUAAUUUAAUUAAUAUUAAUACAAAUGUGCCACUUAUAAUUGUUUGCUCUAAUAUAUACUAUGUUUAAGUUUAACGAAGUUUCUUUGUGAGCAGCGAGCGCGCACAGUAUUACUAAGGCAAAUUUUCAAAUGUAAUAGUACAAGUAAAAAUAAAAGUAAAGAAAUGACGCCAAAGCGAGCAAGAAAGCUGCUGUCAAAUCUACAGAACGCGUUUUGUAAAAUGAUAAUUGAAAAAUGCUAAAACAAAAAAAAUUGCGUGAACAAAAUUUUUGGUAAUAAAGAAUCGCCUGAAAGAUGCGUUAAAAUUGAAAAAAAAAGCUUAAGAGAGAAAUUAAUGUGACAUAAAAGGUACAAAAAUUAGUAUGCUUUGUUUUGUUGGUUCAUUUUUAAUUUAAUGGAAAAAAUAUAAUAACAAUAUAAAAAUUUUUUCUCACUUAAUAACGAAUAUUUAUAUUUUUUUCCAACUUAAUAUUGAAUAUACAUACUUUCGCUAAUUUCAUAAUAAAUAUAUAUUUUUUUCCCAACUUAAUUCAAUAUUAAUAUUUAAUAUUUUUUCCAACUUAAUAUUGUAUAUGUAUAAUUUUUCUAAUUAAGUUUGAAUAAAUAUAUUUUUUGUUUAAUUCUCAGCUGUACAAUAAUGUGUAUUUUUUGGUACUUUGACAACUGGCGUUAAUACUUAUUAAAUUAUUUUCUUUUUAAACAAAAAUAACGGUACUCUUCCCAAGAAAAGAUAUUAUUUUAGAUAUGAGCACAUUACUAAUUUGCUAGCCAAUGCAAACAAUUCAACUAUAAACUUUAAAGCAUAAAUUUUUGAAGUUCCACUGUAAACAGAAGGCUACAAAUUAGCAAUGUGCUCUAAGCUACAAUAAAUUAUAAGAAAUUAACUAUAGUAUGGCAAACCACUGUAGUCGGCGAAAGUUGAAGAAAAAUGAGAAUUGUAGAUUUCCAACCGACUACUUAUAAAAAAAAAAUGCAUUAAAACCAAAAUAGUGAAGUCAGCGCUAUUAUUUUACAAAAUAAACAAUGAGAAAUUCUGCGUACAAAAAAUAUUAUUGGAUAAUGUGAAGUGAAAACAAUAUUCACGAAAAUAAGGCAAAAGCUGGGCGCAUUGAACCUUUAAAGAAAAGGCAAUGCGGCCUACAAGAAAUACAUUAAAAAAGUUGUAAAAUUCUUACAAACAAAUAUUGGAAGCAAAAAGUAGCAAACUACAAGAAAUUCCAUUAAAAAAUUUAUUGUGUACAAAAAACAAAGAUAAAAUAAUAAUUAUUUAGUAUUUCGCGCAUAUUUGCAAUGUACGCAGCUUUUUUCGAACAACUACUAAGAAACGUAACGCACUUUUUGCCAGCCCUUAGUUGCAUUAAGAAAACUUAAAACGAAAUGAAAUAACAAAAUAAAUAAUUAAUUAAUUUUUGUGUAAAAGAAUAAUUUUGACUCUUCUUAGGGCUCAUGAAGACUCAAAAUUAUUUCUUUUGUUAAUUUAAAAAACACGCACACACGUUUUUUUUAAUAGUAACGACAUUUUUAUUUAGCAAAAUGUCAUAUACCUACAAAUAUUUUUCCAAUUAAAUGCAUUAAAUAUUUUUCACAAUAGACACACAAAUUUGCAGAAUAUUGCUAUUUUAAAAUUAACUGUGCUUUAAAUAAAUAAAAAAGGUAAAAUUUGCGUUACAUUUGCUUUGAGGUUAGUAAAUAGCGGCGCGACAAUUGCAUAGACGCGUAACAAAGUAACAAAAUAAAAAACAUAAAAUGUACCGUUAAAGCCAACAGUCAAAUGUGAAAUUGUGACAAUUGCCAUUUGACUUUUGGGCUUUGCUUAAGUGUUUUUUCAAAAGAAAUAUAAAAAACUCAUACUUCUAUUAAUAAGUAAAUGUUGAGAAACAUGUAUGUAAGUGGUAAAAUAUGCAGCUACUAUAUUAAUAUAAUAUUACUAUUGUAUACCUACUUAUUGUAAAAUUACAAAAACAAUUCUGGAAAAGUACAUGGGUAUCUAACUAAAUGUAUGUAUUCAAAUAUUGCAAAGAACCAGUCAGAGUAAUUAUUUAAAACAAAAACAAAAAACAUAAAUUGUAUUCAAAAAAAACUAAAGAAAUAUAUUAAAUUAAAACUCAUAAAAAAUGUAUUGUAUGUGCAAGCAUUGUAAAACUUUUAUUUCAUAUAAACUUUUCUAACUUUUGUUUUGAGGUAAAUUAACAAAAGAAAAAUCAAAACAAUUUAUUAUGCUACUAAAUAAUAAUUCUGAUUAUUACUUAAAAUUACUGUGUUUAUUAUUAUUAUUAUUGUUGUAUUUAAGUAAAUAUAAAAAAUAUAUGCAUAAAACGUGUCUAAAAUAAUAAAGAAGUAUUUAAAUAUGUAAUAAAAAUGUGGAUGAAUUUAAAGUAGAUGUGGCAACAUUUUGAAUUCGGGCGCUAUAACGGCCAAGAAAUGGAGGUGCGAAUAAAUGACAUUUAAUAAUAAAUGCAAUUAAGCAAAUAAAAACUAAUAAAAAAUGAGGUUGUGCAACAUAGCAACAAAUGCAGCAUAUAUAAACAAGAAAUUUAAAUAAAAAUAUAUUGUAAUGUGUUACUAAUAAACAAACAGGCUUAUACAAGAUAGAUUGGUACUACAUGCUCCGAAAAACACAACAACGCUGCUUUAUAAAAAAACGUUCCCUGUCAGGCAAAGACACAGCAGAAUAGGCACUGAAAUGCAUAAUGGGCGUGAUUUAAGGGACUGCUGGUAAUGAAAAAUCAAUUGCUGCAUUUGUGUCCCAAUUAGCUUUCACAGGCGGUUUUAGCGAAUUCGAUAUUCUGCAAAAUAUUAUAAAUGUCACAUUUUUAACGUAUCACCUUGUAAAGGUUUAAUAAAUAAACACAAAAUCGUAGCACAGACCAGUUCAUCACCCAAUUCAGGUAUAAUAUACAAAUACUGUAUUGAAACCCACACAAAUUGUUAAAAAUAAAUUGAUUUUUGUUUGCCUUAUUAUUAAAUGUUAUUAAUAUUUACAAUGAUAUCAUAUUUUAGUGUUGAACUAUAGUGGAGAUUCUAAUAUUUGUUAUGCAUUUUUAGUUGUUGAUCUUAAAAUAUUGGCGUGAACACAUUUUUUACGCACUACUUUUCACUAUUGAUUAGUAUAAUUAUUACUAUUAACAAUUGUUACAUAAUUCUUAUUGAAAUGUUUAUAGAAUUAUUUAUGUAAAAUUUUUAAUAUGUGAAAUUUAAAAGAAAAAACCUGAACAGUUAGUAAAAUAUUAGGAAGGUGAAAUAAAGCUGCUGAUGAAUUACAAUGAGGAACCAAUACAAAUGUAGGAGAUAUAUUAAUGUACAGGUAUAUGUUGGUACAGAUGUAUAUCUUCGGCAAGAAGAAACGACAUUCCAGCUUCUUGAGGGAACCCGCGGUAAUAAAUGUUUUUCAUAAGUGUGUAAACUGUAUUAAUUACAAUAAUGGUAUACAACUCCUUACUGAAAAUAUGCAAACACACAAAAAAUAAUAAUUCGAAUGGUGGAAAUGCCAUUAAACUAUAAUACAUGCAUUGAAGCAAAAUGCAAAUAAUAAAAAUUUAAUAAAAUAUUUAAUAAAAUCUAAUGAAUAAAAAAAAUAAAAUUUGAA